CCUCUGUGGACUGAUCAGGUGGCUGCAGAGCUCGGGCUCACAGCCGCACAGCGCAGCUGAGCGGGCAAGCACAGCCCACAGCCAGAAGCGGCUCCCACUCUCCAGAGCAAGGCGACCUUUAAAGCUUAAGUUUCCCGGAGAAAAUGAGAUGCUGCUGCUGAAGACGACACUAUGGCUUUGAUGGAAUAUCAGAUAUUGAAAAUGUCUCCCAGCUUGUUCAUCCUUCUGUUUCUGACACCUGGUAUUUUAUGCAUUUGUCCUCUCCAAUGUAUAUGCACAGAGAGGCACAGGCAUGUGGACUGUUCAGGCAGAAACUUGACUACAUUACCAUCUGGACUGCAAGAGAAUAUUAUCCAUUUAAAUCUGUCUUAUAACCAUUUUACCGAUCUUCAUAACCAGUUAACCCAAUACACCAAUCUGAGGACCCUGGAUAUUUCAAACAACAGGCUCGAAAGCCUGCCUGCUCAGUUACCUCGGUCCCUCUGGAACAUGUCUGCUGCUAACAACAACAUUAAACUGCUUGACAAAUCUGAUACUGCUUAUCAGUGGAACCUUAAAUAUCUGGAUGUUUCUAAGAAUAUGCUGGAAAAGGUUGUUCUCAUUAAAAAUACACUGAGAAGUCUUGAGGUUCUCAACCUCAGUAGUAACAAACUGUGGACAGUUCCAACCAACAUGCCCUCCAAACUACAUAUCGUGGACCUGUCUAACAAUUCCUUGACACAAAUCCUUCCAGGAACAUUAAUAAACCUGACAAAUCUCACACAUCUUUACCUGCACAAUAAUAAGUUCACAUUCAUUCCAGAUCAAGCUUUUGACCAACUCUUUCAGUUGCAGGAGAUAACCCUUCACAAUAACAGGUGGUCAUGUGACCACAAACAAAACAUCACUUACUUAUUGAAGUGGGUGAUGGAAACAAAAGCCCAUGUGAUAGGGACUCCCUGUUCUAGCCAAAUAUCAUCUCUGAAGGAACAUAGCAUAUAUCCCACACCUUCUGGAUUUACCUCAAGCUUGUUCACCCUAAGUGGGAUGCAGACAGUGGACACCAUUAACUCUCUGAGUAUGGUAACUCAGUCCAGAGUGACCAAAACCCCCAAACAAUACCGAACGAAGGAAACAACGUUUGGUGCCACUCUAAGCAAAGACACCACCUUUGCUAGCACCGACAAGGCUUUUGUGCCCUACCCCGAAGACACAUCCUUAGAAACCAUCAAUUCACACGAAGCAGCAGCUGCAACUCUAACUAUUCAUCUCCAAGAUGGAAUCGUUACAAACACAAGCCUCACUAGCUCAACAAAAUCGUCCCCAACACCCAUGACCCUAAGUAUUACUAGUGGCAUGCCAAGUAAUUUCUCUGAAAUGCCUCAACAAAGCACAACCCUUAACUUCCGAAGGGAAGAGACAACCACAAAUGUAAAGACUCGCUUACCUUCUGCGGCCAGUGCUUGGAAAGUCAACGCUUCAUUUCUCUUGAUGCUCAAUGCUGUGGUCAUGCUGGCUGGCUGAGGGGCCGCAGCGUUGGAAGCCAAUGAAAGAGCUCCCCCCUGAUGUACAGUUGGGAAAAUAUGCCCCUAUCUAACCAGUGAUUCAAGCUACAUAAGUAUUCGAGAAAGCCAGUCUCACAUUUCUGACUCUGAUGUACACGAAGUAACUUGUCUUAAAGAAAAGAAGUGCACAAUGUCUCGGUACUCGCUGCUAUUUUACUGUCUUAAGUAACACGACUGAGUUUCUUUCUUUUUAAUGAAAUGUUUUCUUUUUGAGGCUUCAAUUUACUGCACAAAAUGUAAAGCAUCUAAACUUUAAUAUGUAUUUUAUGUAUGUUUACACUGUCAAACAUCUGGGAAAAAAAAAAAUAAAAGGUCUAUGCUCAUAA